CCGCCGCGGCCAGCGAGCCUGACCGGCACUGCGUCGCCGACGGCGUCGCCGCGCCUGUCGCCGCCGCCGCAGCGCGGAUCGCCCCCGGCCGCCGGUGCGCGUCGCGGUACGCCAGCGCCGACCGACUCGCCGACCGAUCCGCGGCGUGUGCCUGCUCUGGGGCCAUCGGCCUCGCACGAGUCGCUCUCGUCUGCCUACUCGGACGACGGGGGCGUCGAGAGUGCGCCGCGCAUGCCGGAGCCGCCGCCCGCGGCGUCGCCGUUUGUGUCGCCGCCGCCGGCCCCGUCGCCGUUUGCGUCGCCGCCGUCGACGUCGACGCCGCGCAUGCCAUCGCACAGCACGGCGCCAGGGAGCCGCGCCACGUCAGCCGCAGGGCACUCGAUGCGCUCGCCGGCGAGCGAUACGAUGCAGGGCCUCUUUGAUACAUUUGCGACGGCCCUCGCGGACCUGGGCCUCGAUGACGCGCCGAUGGAUGGCCUCGACGAGGUCCGUGUGCAGUACCGCCCGACCGAGUACCCUGGCGGCUCGCAUGGACUACCCUCGUCGGCCUCCACGCUGGAGUCGCUGCUGCCGCCGCCCAGCGAGCGGCGCGAGCAGCGCGCUCCUGCGGGCGCCAGUGGGUCAGCGCGAGUGCUGCGCGAGGCCUCGCCGGUGCCGCCGGGCGCGUCGCCGACGCCCGGUGUGCCUGCGCUACCGCCGAGCGCCGCACCUCGCGCCCCGAGUGGUCCUGCCCCGAGUGGCGCUGCUCCGAGUGGCGCUGCUCCGAGUGGCGCUGCUCCGAGUGGCGCUGCUCCGAGUGGCCCUGCCCCGAGUGGCCCUGCCCCGAGUGGCCCUGCGCCGAGCGGCCCUGCCGCCCCGAGCACAUCACCCGAGCAUUUCGAAGUGUACGGCCUGACCGUGUGGUGGCCCGGGUCGUUCGACGUGACAUCCAAUAUCAACUACAACUCGGUCAUGAACCGUGCGUUCCUGUAUGCUGGCGCCGCCAACGACCUGCUUACGCGCCCCACGAACCUUGACAUAUGGCUGGAGCGCGCCAAGAAACAGCGGCCCAACGUGCCGGACGUGCUCACGAGCACGGUCAUUGAGGAGCAGGUGCGUGCGCUUGAGGCGCAACUGGCGCCUACGGGCGAAGCGGCCGCGGCGCCUGCGGAGCUGCCGCUCCCCCCGAACAUUCCGUAUCCGCUGCUGGCCAAGGCCCAGAGCGCAGCGCACAGCGACCCCGGGCUCCUGCUCGCGACGCCGUCGACGGGGACGCGGUCGGUACGCCGCCCGAAUGCGUCCACGCUGAUCCAGUCGCUGAACCAGCUGGGGCGGCGCAAGACGCCCGUCCCUCCCAUGACGGCCCGGGCGACGCCCGCUACGGUGACGCCGGCGACCGGGACGCCGGCGGCGACGCCUGCCGCUACGGCGCCUAGCGCGGCGACACCCGCGCCGCCGCGCCUCGCGCCGUGGGCCUCCGACGCCCCGAUGGGCCUCGGCAUUCUCCCACGCACGCCGAGUGCCAUGUCGGUCGGCGCCGGCAGCGCCAUGGGCGGAGCGGUGCCCGAGCCGCAGCUGCUGGCGGCCCUCGCGCGUGUGCGCGAUGCGCUGCCCGACAUUGACGAGGCGACGGCGCGGCGGUACCUCGUGCGCCACCAAGGCGACGAUAUGCGUGCGAUCAGCGACUACCUACAGGAGCAUGCACGCGACGAGGCGCCGUACCGGCGCAGCCUGUUCCGCACGCCUCGCGCGCGCUAG